AUGGGUACAAAAGUACAGAAAGCAUAUUUAGUUUGCAAUGUGGUAUCUGCUGAUACCUCAACAAUUAACCGAUUAAUAACUCUGCAAGUUAAACAAGUCGAAGAGUACAUGGCAUAUCGGAAGUUACCACGAGAGAUGCGACAAAGGAUUACGGAAUAUUUUGAGCAUCGCUACCAAGGUAAAUUCUUCGACGAGGAAUGUAUUUUAGGAGAAUUGAGUGAAAAACUGCGCGAAGAUGUCAUAAACUACAACUGCCGAUCGCUUGUUGCCUCCGUGCCUUUCUUUGCAAAUGCCGACUCCAACUUUGUAUCGGAUGUGGUCACAAAACUAAGAUAUGAAGUAUUUCAGCCGGGUGAUAUUAUUAUCAAAGAAGGUACUAUCGGCUCGAAGAUGUACUUUAUCCAGGAGGGUAUAGUGGAUAUUGUGAUGGCAAAUGGAGAAGUUGCAACAUCUCUAAGUGAUGGUUCCUAUUUUGGCGAAAUAUGUUUGCUAACAAAUGCACGGCGUGUGGCAAGUGUACGCGCCGAAACGUAUUGCAAUCUGUUUUCGCUCAGUGUUGAUCAUUUCAAUGCAGUAUUGGAUCAGUAUCCUUUAAUGAGAAGGACCAUGGAAUCGGUUGCAGCCGAGAGAUUGAACAAGAUUGGUAAAAAUCCAAACCUGGUCGCGCACCGCGAGGAGGAUCAAGGUAGUGAAAGCAAGACCAUAUCCGCAGUAGUAAAUGCUUUAGCAGCAGAGGCGGACAAUGUUGACCGUAGUGUAGAUUCUGUAAAUUUAGCCGGCAUAAGUCCUGCAGCACGUAGCUUACAUCAAUUAGGAAAAACUCUGCAGAAACUAAGUCUACCGAGGCCUAAGUCAGAGAACAACUUUACAUGUCAAGACAUCGCGCUGUCGCGCAAGGAUGGACACAACGGUAGACCUGGUUUCCAUAAGUCGGACACAUUAAACAGUCGGGAGUCCAGUUUCCGGCAAUGACGUCACACGAACUAAAUUAUAGAUCGAUUGACUUCCUGACAAUGAAAAUUGAGCAGCAAUCAAUAUUAGUUUUGUUUUCCCGCAUACAAUUGCCAAUUCCUAAACAAAGCAAAACAAUAUAUGCAAACGGACUAAUGUAUUUAUUUCAAACUGUGAGAUAAAUAAAAAUUCCGGCUGAUUGUAUGUGCAUACGUGUCUAAUUAUAUUAGCUAUUAUUGAUAAAAUUAUAUUAGCUGUAUCUGAAUAUAUUAUAUAAGUAUUACUAGAUAGAAAGACGUUUUUAUACUGACCACAUUAAUUGAGGAUGGAAUAAAUGCCGCAUUGCCCAUUUCUUCACUGCACAAAAUAUACAUCCGUUUAUAGUGGAAGCAUAUUUCAAAGAGAGCUUUUACCUAUUAGCUUUAUAUUAAUUGACAUUUAUCCCAUCUGACGAGAGAGAGAGUGUUAGAAAAUCAAUUUUGUUGAAUUAUAUAUAGUAGCAAUUGACCCGUGUUCCGUGCCGAUGAUUUAUUGUAACGGCAACAUUGUCCGUCGGGCCAUUUGACCUAAUAUACUAGCUUUCAAGCAAUAUUACAAAGAGCCUUCGAGAUUAUACAUAUUGUGGCCUAGAAACAGAUAUCUCAUCUAAUAUAUAGACCAAGUAUUUUUUAAUAGUUUUUAAAUUGUGAGGCAUCAUUGAAUAGAGUUCAACAAUAAUUGUGUUAGUUAUUAAAUUAUACUAUAAUUUGUACUUAUGUAGAUCAUACUUUAUAACUAUGCUAAGGUGACCAGAUUUUGCCAAAGGGACAAAACUUUGAUGUAAUAUAUCAUAUUUUAUCAGUCUUUACCUUCAAGACUUUUUUGUGAUGCACAUUACAUCCAAUUUUAUCUUUGUUUUCAAUUGUUGGUAAAAAAUACAUAUCUCUUAAUAGAAAAAAAAUUAUUA